AUGAAAGUCUCAUUCUCUCUCAAAGGCAAGGCUACGCCCAAACCAGUGGGAGAAGCACCAUCACUCAAACGCACUGCCGCGUUUGCUGCUCUUGACGACGAUGAACCUGUGGACGCCGCACCGACUGCGACCGGAGGCAAGAGCAAAGUCGCGGCGAACAAGCAGUUCAUUGCGCAGAGCGUGGAGAUGUCGAAGGCGAUGAAGAAGAAACUGGAAGAGGAGAAGAAGGUCGAUUCGACUGUAUUUGAAUAUGACGAAGUGUGGGACAAGAUGCAGGAGGCGAAGCUACGGCAGAAGGAGGCCAAGGAGGCGGAUUCCAAGGAGCGGAAGCCCAAGUACAUUAGUGGGCUACUUUCGUCCGCGGCUACCCGGAGACUCGACCACCUGAGGGCAGAGGAGAAGAUGAUCCAGCGCGAACGCGAACUCGAGGGAGACGAGUUCAAGGACAAGGAGUCAUUCGUCACGCAAGCGUACAAAGAUCAGAUAGCGGAACUCAGACGAGCGGAAGAGGAAGAGCGGAAACGAGAAGAGGAAGAAAAGAAGAAGAAGAGCAAGGAAGUCGGGACUGGCAUGGCGCACUUCUACCGCAAGCUGCUGGAGGAGUCAGAGCAGCAACAUGAGCAAACGGUGGCGGCCGCGGAGUCCAAGCCGAAGAUCGGCCCACAAGGAGGGCCCAACCUCACUAUCACGAAACCCGUGGACUUCACCCCUAAAUCCGACGCCGAGAUCGCGCGUAUGGCGCGUGAGCAAGGGAAAGAGGUCGAGCUGAACGACGACAACCAGAUCGUCGACAAGCGCGAACUUCUCUCUGCUGGCCUGAACCUCUCCGCGCCGAAUACCCGGAAAUUGGGCCUGCAGCUGUCUGACAAGAACAAGAACGCGCAGGAGCACGUGGAGACGCACCGCGCAGUGGGUACUGCUGCAAGCCGGCGGGAGAUCAAUGAACGGCGUGCAAGGGAGGUUCAGAUGCAGAUGGAUGAAGAGAAGCAGAGGAUGCAGUCGGAGAAGGAUCGCCGGGAGGAGGAGGAGAGACAGCGGAUCGUGGCGAAGAGAAACGACGAGGAAUCGGUGAAGAGCGCGAGGGAACGGUAUCUGGAGCGGAAACGACGUCGACUGGAGGAAGCUGCUGCAGGAGGUGAGGCUGGUCAGGCAGAGUCCCAAUAGGCCUGUUUUCUUCGAUCUGCUUUGUUUUGUAUUCUGUUGUAUUAUGCCCGUCUAAUCGCGGAUAUGGG